AUGUUUGGAAUGGUCACGACUUCAGCGCAACUACGCACCGAGUACAGUAAGCUGCUAUUACGUACUUUCGACUUUUGGUUCUUACAAGCUGCGAAUACGAUAUGCACAAUCGUUCUGAGCUUCGUGCUGAACGACCUCCGCGUAGUGCUGAUCGUCUUCUGCUGGGCUGACUUCACCUGCUGGCUCCUGCAAGAAACCUAUCUCCGCAAUUCUCACGCUAUCGUGGUCGUGGCCUUGGCCGAGUGGUUAUUUUACGUGCUGCUGAUGGCUGCGAUUGCGUUCGAGUUGGUGGAUGAAGCGCACCAUUAUAUACUAAUCGCUUCGUGCGGACGGACGCUGUCGACGAAAGAUGUACUGGCGAAUACCAUAGGCACCAUGACAUUGAUCUCGCUCCGUAACUUGUACAGAAGGUAUCAAGACGUCAAGCACAAGGAAGCGAAGCCGAAUACAGCUACGCAAGCUUUGGGUUACCGAAGCAAACCAACAUGCCGGCAAACUGCACGUCCAUUGCUGCAGUUGUACCUUUCUGCAGAAGCUGUCCGGUUUGAUCCAAGUCACACUGUGUGGCCUCGCGUGGGAGCGUUAACACCGCUCUCGUCAUGGAAAAUAGUCGUGCUGUACUUGUGUUGUGUUAUUGGUAGCACAUGCGCAGUACUCGCGCUCCUCUUCCCGAAAUAUGCACUUGGGCACGAAUUUGUCGCUUUAACGGGCUUGGUCUCGACUGCCAUCUUCACCGGAAUCUACGGUUGCUGCUGCCAGCGUCAGUUGCUCAAGCGCAUCAUCACUUCUUUCCACUUCCUGUUCCUUUGGACUCAUAUCCUCGCACUCGGUCUGUUGCUGCUGGAGAUGUUUCGGUGGCGCUGGGUUCCAGUCUGUGGUGUGGGCUCUAGCCUCUUGCUGGCCCAGACGGUACUGACGAUCGACGCCCUGACCCCGAUCAUGAAACGCAGACUCCACUUCCAAUACUGGAUGCCAGUCCUCGGUAUUGCGCUCUUUUUGCUGGUCCAAGUGGCUAUGCUUUUUGACGUCUUCACGCUCGGACGUUUGGGCUUGGAGGAUAAAGUGAUCUUGGAUGUUGAAAUUCGUGGUCGGAACACCAGGUUUCUCGUCGUCCCGAUUUUUGUUAGCCGCGUGUUCACUGGUGUCGUCUGGUCUGGGCGCUACGUGUACGUGGUGCUAACUCGCCAAGACGACAAUGCUCUCAUUUUGCUACGGGGUGAAGUGGAAUUCGACUAUGAAGGCUGGAAGAAGAGAGUCAAUCUUGAUGAACGCUAG